AUGGUGCUUGUCAGAAUAGCAGAAAAUGUUGGACAAUAUUUAUUUAAGGAGUGCCAGAUCAGUGGAUGGGGUCGCACCAACAAAAAUGAGCCACUAUCAAACACACUGAAGAAAGCAUUCACCAAAAUUGUGCCUCUUUUUGUGUGCACCCAAGAAUAUACGCAAUCUAAGGAGAGAAUGGAACAAGCUAAUUUAACCUGUGUUUUAGACUAUGCAGCAAUUAAUUCUACUGAUAAGUCAGUAAAGCGUAUUGUUAAUGGCCAGAAUGCUAUGAUGUUUGAGAUUCCAUAUCAAAUUGCACUUCAAAUUAGAAUUUACGGCAGUUGGAGAUAUUGUUGUUCAGGAACUUUACUCACUCCUGAUAAAGUUCUUACUGCUGCCCAUUGCCUGGAAAGCUCAACGGCUAACAAUUAUCGAGUGAUUGUUGGAAUGUUAAACUUAUUUGGACCACCAACAGAGUUCGAACAAACUAUCUAUGUCUCCAAAAUCUACAUUCAUGAAAGUUUUCUAAUCGAUAUGACCAGUUCUCAUGACAUUGCUGUAAUCACAUUGGCCACCUCAGCUAUACUUAACAAGAAUGUGCAACUUGCCAGAAUAGCAGAAAAUGUAAAGCAAUAUUACUAUAGGGACUGCCAGAUCAGUGGAUGGGGCUACAUCAGCUAUAAUGGACCAGUAUCAAACAUACUCCAGAAAGCACUAACUAAAAUUGUGGAUAUUAUUGUGUGCUCCCAAAAAUAUCAGAAAAAUAAGGUAGCAAUAGAACAAGCAAAUUACAUCUGUGUCUAUGACUAUACAGGUUCACCCCCCUCUUCAACUUGUCUUGGAGAUAGUGGUAGCCCCUUACUGUGCGGGCCAGAAAAGAACGAGCUGGUUGGAAUACUUAAGAGUGGACAAUCUAGGUGUGAAGCUGAUAGCCCAUCUAUGUACGUCAAUCUUUCUUUAUACCGAGACUGGCUGGCUGACAAGUUGUAA